ACCCUAAGCAAAGCUCAAAGCGCGCUAACCACGCAGGAGGAACAAAAGCAAAGUGCCUCAGUGGAAGUUCUGCAACUCUUCAUUUCGAACUCUGUCGCAGCGAAGUAUUCGAAUUUCGAUCCCGGAUGGCAAAUGCUGCUGAAGAUUUCUCCCAAUUUGGAAUUUCAAAGGAGGAAAAGGAUAAGCUUGUUGGAGAAGUGAUUCGGUAUAUGCUUUUCAAAACCCAUCAAAAUUCAGGGUGCCCAAUUAAGAGAGAGGAACUCACUCAACUCGUUACAAAGAGCUAUCAUCAGCGUAACCUUCCUACUUUUGUCAUCAAUGAGGCUAAGGACAAGCUUUCUUUCAUUUUUGGCUAUGAGAUGAGGGAGCUUCAAAGGUCCAUUCCAUCAUCCAAAGCCCACGCACGACUUUCUCAACAAAGUGUUGAGAAAUCCAAGUCGUAUAUUCUAAUAAGUCAACUUCCUCCUGAUGUAUAUGAAAAAUAUGUUGUGGAUGUGAAUACUGCACAUCUGCCUGGAUUCACCUUUGUCAUAAUUAGUAUUGUACAUCUUGCUGGUGGCAAAAUUCCAGAAGAUAAUCUGUGGAGCCAAAUGAGGAGAAUGGGUUUGGGUGAAAAUGAAGCAAGUCAUCCAAUCCUUGGAAAUGUUAAGCAAGCAUUGGAACUUCUUGUUCAGCAAAGGUAUUUACAGAAAGACAAAGUUAAUGGUCCUGAAGGCAAUACUGUAUAUUAUGAGCUUGCUGACAGAGCCUUAGAUGGACCCAUCAGCGACAGGGUUAAGGAAUAUAUAUCUCAGAUUAUGAAGGACAAUAUUUCUCUGCGGGCUGCCUAAGAGUUGCUAGCUUUUCAGUGUCUCAAUUGAGGUAUAAACAUGUCGAUAAAAAAAAAAAAGAAAAAAAAAAAGAGAAUUAGAGAUACUAACGCGGUUCCGAUUG